CAUACAGCAUAAGUCUCAUUCUAUGAACAGCAAGCGAAAAUAAUGGCGACAACGCGCUCUCUGCAAAUCCUCAAGAGACAGCAGCAGUUAUUUAACAAGGUGCAUUCAGCAUGGGCGGCCAGAGGUUUUGCAAAUAAAAGUGAUGAAGGCUGGUUGAGUUCCAUGUUUGCACACAAUGUGGAUGCCAGGAAAGAUGCCCACUCCAAUCUGCUCUCCAAGAAAGAAACCAGCAACCUCUACAAGAUACAAUUUCACAAUAUCAAGCCAGAAUGCUUGGAGGCAUACAACAAAUUGUCAGCCGAGGUGCAGAAAGAGCUUCAUCGUGAUGUGGAUUAUCCAUGUGAAGUCGUUGGAAGCUGGAACACCUGGUAUGGUGAACAAGAUCAGGCAGUGCAUCUCUGGAGAUACUCUGGUGGCUAUCCUGCUCUGACGGAGUGUUUACGUAAACUGAACCUCAAUACGGCAUAUCUUGCAUUUCGAAAAGAGAGGAGUAAAAUGCUGAUCUCUCGACGGAACCAACUUCUUCUGGAGUUCAGUUUCUGGAACGAGCCAGCACCGAGAAGUGGACCCAACAUUUAUGAAUUGAGAUCAUAUAAACUAAAACCUGGCACGAUGAUCGAAUGGGGAAAUCAUUGGGCCCGAGCAAUCAAAUACAGACAGGAAAACAAUGAAGCAGUGGGCGGCUUCUUCACUCAGAUUGGUGAUUUGUAUGUUGUUCAUCAUUUAUGGGCUUAUAAAGACUUGCAGACCAGAGAAGACACAAGGAACGCUGCUUGGUUAAAAGAGGGCUGGGAUGCCAAUGUGCACUAUACAAUGCCUCUGAUCCAGAGAAUGGAAUCAAGAAUUAUGAUCCCUAUGGAGCAUUCACCUCUGCUGUGAAAUCAGCACUGUUGUAGCUGUGAUGAUACCAACAGAUCACAGUCCUCUCACGAAACCUGUCAAGAAGGCCCAGGUCACAUUUCACCCUAAAACCAAAAGAAGAAAAGAAAUCAUUUUGCAUAAAGAACGUAGUCUGCUAAGACCCUUAGAUUGUUUUGCAUUGUUCUAAUUACUGUAACGCAGUCAUUUGUUUUACUAUAUUAAUUUAUAAUUUUAAUAAUAUAUUAUAAAAAAAAAAUCAAGAAAUUAAUUAACAAUUAAUCAAUGAUUUUUUUUUAUUAAAUGAAGAUUUUUAAUUCAUUGAAGGCAGUACAACAAGUGCUUUUUUUAUCUUUUUUUUUUAUUUGUAUCUUUUUUGUCAUUUUCCUGUAAUGGGAAUUGGGGAGUAAAAUGUCAUUUAAACAAUAUCAUUAUGCAUAAAAUCGUAAGGGUCCUAAUAGUUGACUUUAUUUAAUUUUUUUUUUAAUGCAAAAUAUUUUUUUUUUUUUCAUUGAUUUUUCGGGUGAACUGUAACCUAGACACUUUGUGUAAUUCAUCCUCUUUAGAGAUCUGUUUUCCUGCAGUGCUUUGUCCUUCUGCUGUCCACUCUCAUCUGAACCAGUGAAUGAAGAUCUUUAGGCCCAUUGAAUAAUCACAGGCAGUUGUGUUUGAGCUGGGCUAGAACUAAUCUUUGCAUGACAGAAAAGCAAAAGUGUGCCAAUGUUGAAGCCCAAACGGAGAAGAACAAUGACUGACAAACUUGACGUUUAUACGUGACUAAGUGUAACAGUAGAACAAGGAGCAUUGUUUUUUUUUUAAAUAUAUAUUUAAGGAAUUACAAUGUUGUUUUAGUCAUUUUAGUAAUCUCGGAUUUUUGUUUGUUGUUCAAUUGUAUGUGAUUAUGACAAUAUUUUAAUUAAAUGUGUCCAUAGUUGGA